AUGAACACAAAAAGUAAAGAAGAAGGAAGAAUGAUAAAAAGAGUUAAAGAAAUGUAUCAAACAAUCACAAGAACAAGAAUCAAAGUUGGAGAAAAAGCACCAAAAAUAAGAGGGAAAUCAUAUUAUAAAGGAGAAAUCAGAGAAUAUGAAAUGAAGGAAGAGAAAGGGAAAUAUCAUGUGAUUGCAUUUUAUUGUAGAGAUUUUUCAAGAAUUUGUCCAAAAGAAAUCAAAGAAAUAAGUGAAAAUAUUGAUAAAUUUAAAGAAUUAAAAACAGAAGUAAUUGGGAUUUCAGUCGAUUCAGUAGAAGAACACAAAAGAAUGUGUUCAAGAAAAGAUGAAAAAGGAAUAGGAGAAAUAGAAAUUGAAUUAAUAGAAGAUGUAAACCAUCAAAUAACAGAAAGUUAUGGAUUACUUUCUAUAAUAGGAGUAUCAAAUAGAGCAACAAUUAUUAUUGAUGAUAAAGGAAUUGUUAGGAGAGUUGAUAUUCAUUCAAUGAUUACAGGAAGAAAUGUUAAAGAAAUAAUAAAUGAAUUAAAAAAUAUAAUAACAAUAGAUAAAAAGAAGAAUCAAAAUUAA